GCAUACCGUAUACGAACGACAAUUUGUCUUUGGACGAACAUAUGCAACGUCCCAACAUCUUCGAAGAAACGACCUCGUCACUAACAGCGCCAAAUCUGGAGCUGUCAUUUCAUCUUUAAUCCUUCCUUACCCUCACUCAGCUUCCCAUCGUUCAAUCACACUGUAAAUCUAAGCCGCAAGCUACACUGGCUAUUUAAAAAUUGAAUAUUCAGGUCGGAGUAACUUCACCGGCGUGCCUCAUAUAUCUCAUUCUAAGAUAUGAUGGAGAAAUUAUGAAAAAUGACGCUUUCUCUAUCUCUCCCUUUACAAAACCAUUAUUCCUCCAAUAAGACCAGCUUUCUACCUUACAAUCCUUUUAAGGUAUCAAGCAAUCAUUUUCAAACUGUUAAAAAACUCAGUAACAUCUCUUUUUCAAUCUCUUGUUCGUCUCUAAAAAUAGUUCGUGAUUCUAAGCUUGACAGGCACGUUGUAAGGCAAAACAAGAUUAGGUUUGUCCAAAAGCUUAAAACACUACUACUUUCUAAACCAAAACACUACAUCCCACUCCACAUUCUUUCAAAAUGCAAAUCCUACCUUUCCCUCCCUGAUCGUCGUUCUAUCCGGUCCAUGAUCCAUCGAUAUCCUUCCAUUUUUGAACUCUUCUCAAUCCCAACACCACCUUUGCCAAUUAAUGCAACAAAACCAUACUCUCAAUUAUGUGUUCGUUUAACACCACCUGCAGCAGCACUUGCUGCCGAAGAAUUGAAACUCCAAUCAGCGAUUUCCAACAGCUUGGCUGCUAAACUUCAGAAACUUCUCAUGCUCUCUUCCCAUCGCAGGCUUAUCUUAUCAAAGUUGGUUCACCUUGCACCUGACCUUGGCCUCCCCCCUAAUUUUCGGUCCCGCCUUUGCAAUGACCAUCCAGACAAAUUCAAAACUGUUGACACUUCCUAUGGCCGUGCACUUGAGCUUGUAUCAUGGGAUGCACAACUAGCUAUUCCUUUAUCUCGCCCUGAUGUUUCACUUGGUCUGAUAGUAGAUAGACCUUUGAAAUUCAAGCACCUGACACUUCGUAAGGGGCACAAUUUGAAAAGACGUCACCAAGAUUUCCUGAUCAAGUUCGAAGAAUUGCCAGAGGUGUGUCCUUAUAGGACCUCUUUGGAAGAAUUUUCUAAAAAGUCAAUUCUGGCAGAAAAGAGAGCCUGUGCAGUAAUAAGAGAGGUGUUGGAGAUGACAGUUGAAAGGAGAACUUUAAUUGAUCAUUUAACACAUUUCAGAAAGGAAUUUGGACUUCCCAACCAGUUAAGGGGAAUGAUUGCAAGGCAUCCCGAGUUGUUCUAUGUGAGUUUGAAGGGCCUCAGGAAUUCUGUAUUCUUAAUUGAAGGCUAUGAUGACAAGGGUAUGCUUUUGAAGAAAGAUGAAGUUUCUGCUAUGAAGGAUCAAUUGAUGAAGCUGGUUAGCAAGUCAAAGAGGAUGAGACGAGAGAGGAAAAAUGGUACAGUAAUGAAUAACAGUAACAUCAGAGAUUCUGAUGAUGACAGUAGUGACGAAUUUGAUGACAAUGGAGCAGAUGUUGAUUAUGAUGAUGGUUUUGACAAUGUGUUCAAGUCUGAAGAUGUAGGUUUUGAUUGUGAUUUCGGUAAUGAUGUCGAUGAAAGCUAUGAGCUUUGGGGUCAUGGGCAGAAAAGAGAAUUUUGGAUCACAGGUUCUAGCUUUGAUGAUGCAAGUGAGAAAGGACAAUCUAGGGAACCUUGGUAGCAAAAGAAGAACACUGUACAUCUUUCAGCAUUUGCUUGUAGCAGUUUAGUGUCUUUCAACACUACUUGGUAUGAGUUUGUGUAUAUUAUGUAAUUGAUGUGUGUGUUGAAAUUAAUCAAUACUUGAACUUUGAAGCUGGAUGAUUUAGAACCAAAUCAAUCAUGAUUGAAAUUGGGGAAAAUAUUGAUUUAUUUAAUUUUAUAUUUGAGAACAA